CCACCGCGCCGGUGGAUUGCGAAAUCGUCGAAGGAGGGGUGAUGGGCCGGGCGGCAAGGUGGUUCCGGGGGCUUCUGCUGGGCGGAAAAAGGGCGGGUGAACCCCCGGAGGCGAAGAGACUGUGGGGCUCCGGUAAAUCGUUCCGGGAGAAACACCACCACCAGCAACAGCCGCACCGCGAUCAGGAGCUCCGGCUUCCCUUGUACGCAGAGUAUGAGAAGGAACGCAGCAAGCGUGCAAUCGCCGUGGCGGCGGCGACUGCUGCGGUGGCGGAGGCCGCGGUCGCCGCCGCGCAGGCGGCCGCGGUGGUGGUCAGGCUGACGGCGAGCGGCGGGAGGACUGAGCCGAACCUGGAGGAGGAAUGGGCGGCGGCGGCAGUGAAGAUCCAGUCCACAUUUCGGGGCUACUUGGCGAGGCGAGCUCUCAAGGCGUUGAGGGGACUCGUGAAGCUCCAGGCUUUGGUUCGCGGCAACUUCGUCAGGAAGCAGACCGCGGAGACUCUCCGGUGCAUGCAGGCGCUCGUGCGCGUCCAGGCGCGUGCCCGGGCGUGCCGAGUUCUAAGCUCGGCGAGGAGCCAACUGCCGGCGAAAGCUUUCCUUCCUCGCGCUUCCCUCUGUUCUCCAAAUCCCGGAACUGAUGAAGAUUAUGAACGAGCUAUUCGACCAAUCGCCUGCUCCAAUAGAUAUUUCUCUCUCAGGAGGAAUUCAUCGAGAAUGGAAGUGGGCAGAGCAUUUUGGUGGGACGACGACGACGACGCCGCAAGAAAGGCCACAAAUUUCUCUCCGGCUGACGACAACGCCAAGAUACUGGAAGUUGACCUAGGAAGCUUCGCCCGCAGCCGCGAGAUGAGCAACCACCACUGCUACCAUUACUCCUCCUCCUGCAAUACCCGGAGCUUCCCCACCGUGCUCGCCUCGCCGUCGAAGGACUCCUCGGGCGUGAGCUCGUUCUUGUACUACGGAGCGUCGUCUCUCCACGGGAGCAGCAGGAAGAAGGUCGACGACGACGGCGACGCUCAGAGCUUGUGUAGCGGCUGCGUGGACUGCUGCCCGAGCUACAUGGCGAAGACGGAGUCGUCAAUGGCGAAACUGCGGUCGCACAGCGCGCCGAGGCAGAGGGCGGUGGGGAAGAGGUCGUCGUCUCAUGUAGGAGGGCAGCUUCCGCCAUUGUUAGCUCAGCAGCGAAGUGGUCCUCCUCCUCCGCCGCCUCCUUCGCGGCAUGCUAAAUUUACCAACAGGGCAAAUCCAGGAUCAGGAAGAUUGGAUAGAUUAGAGAUGCAGCUAAAAAAUCGAUGAAGCUGAAACUGAAACUCUUAGAUCACGAUCAGUAUCUGAUAGAUUAUGAUCCGCCAUUUCUAUUUGGUUUCUCACAAUUCACUUCCAAUCAUGGAUUCCUGCAAGCGUGGAAUGCUAAAUGCUCCUUUAACGAUGAUCAAAAAGAUAUUAAUAUACUC